AUGGCCGCCGUCCCGCAGUUCACCGCGCCGUUCCCUGGCAGUGUCGUACCCGAGCCGACCUACGCAGGCGCGCUGCCGUCGUGGCUCGCGCCCGUCGGCUCCAUCCUCGACCGCUUCGAGGCCGCCCGCGAGCGCCUCAACCUCCCCGAGCCGGGCAAGCACGAGGACCUUGGGCGCGAGGUCAAGCUCACCCACCUCACCAACUACACCUUCGAUGGCGCCCGCGCCGACCUGUCCAAGACGCUGUCGCAGGUCCCGGCCUUCCAGGUGACCCACUCGUUCGCCAUGGGCGGCUCGGCGGGCCCGAUGGGCGGCAUCAACCCGGGCACGUACAACUUUGGCGCCGUCUUUGCGACCUCCAAGGUGUUCAUGCAGGGCAUGGUCGACAACGAGGGCAGCGUCACGGGCAGGCUCAACUACGGCUGGUCCCCGAGGGACACGACCAAGGCGUCGGUGCAGCUCGCCGCAGGUGCCGCAGCGCCGUCCAUGUUCUCGCUCGAGCACGACCGCGUCGGCAAGGACUACACCCUGUCGCUCAAGUCGUACAACCCGUCGCCGGCCGACUUUACCGGGUCGUACAUUGCCGCCUACCUCCAGUCGUUGACGCCGCACUUUGCGGUCGGUGUCGAGACGCUGUACCAGCGCCCGACGCCCGACAUGGAGGACUGCUCGGUCGGCUACAUCGCCAAGUGGCACGACGUCAAGAAGGACGAGCAGGGGCAGGCGGCCAAGGACUCGUGGAUCGCGACGGCGCAGAUCAUGUCGCAGGGCAUCUGGCAGGCGACCUACUGGAAGAAGCUCGCGGCCAACAUCGACGCCGGCGUCGACCUCAUCUGCGUGCCGGCGCUCAACCCGCGCGAGCGCAAGGCCGUCGCGACCGCCGGCGUCAAGUACGACUUCCGGCAGGCGACCUUCCGCGGCCAGGCCGACUCGACGGGCAAGGUGUCGGCCCUCCUCGAGCAGCGCUUGAGCCCGGCGUUCGCCUUCAACGUCGCGGGCGAGAUUGACCACGUCAAGCAAACGUCCAAGUUCGGUGUCGGCCUGUCGCUCGAGUCGGCGAGCGAGGAGGCGAUGGCGGCCGCCAUGAACGCAGGGCCGCAGGGCCCUCCCCCUCUGUAAAGCGGCGUCGCUCGCUCUCGCACCCUUGCACACACCCACUCUCCCCUGUACAUUCCCCUCUCGCUCCACUUCCUCGAGAUAUUGCCGUGUCGAUGCAACCCCGGCCCUGUCGCUAGAGAUC